UUAAUAUAUUACUGAAUGUUUUCUCUGCUUAUUGUCUCUCAUAGGCAAGAGUACACACUGGGAGAUUCAGCUUGUAAGAAUUCCGAGUCUGACCCAGAGGACUUCUCAGAUGAAACAAAUGCGGAGAAUCUGUAUGGCACCUCUCCGCCCAGCACACCUCGGCAGAUGAAACGCAUGUCCACCAAGCACCAGAGGAAUAGUGUAGGGAGGCCGGCCAGCCGGGCUAAUUUGAAAGAGAAAAUGAAUGCAACAAACCAGCCUCCACAUAAAGACACUGGAAAAACUGUGGAGAAUGUGGAAGAAUACAGCUACAAGCAGGAGAAGAAGAUCCGAGCGGCUCUCAGGACGACAGAGCGCGACCAUAAGAAGAACGUGCAGUGCUCCUUCAUGCUGGACUCGGUGGCUGGGUCUUUGCCCAAGAAGUCAAUUCCAGACGUGGAUCUCAAUAAGCCUUACCUCAGUCUGGGCUGCAGCAACGCUAAGCUUCCAGUGUCUGUGCCCAUGCCCAUAGCCAGGACUGCCCGGCAGACUUCUAGGACAGACUGUCCAGCAGAUCGCUUAAAAUUUUUUGAAACUCUGCGGCUUCUGCUUAAGCUUACCUCAGUCUCAAAGAAGAAGGACAGGGAGCAAAGAGGACAGGAAAAUACAUCUGCUUUCUGGUUUAACCGAUCUAACGAACUGAUCUGGUUAGAGCUACAAGCCUGGCAUGCGGGACGGACCAUUAACGACCAGGACCUCUUUUUAUAUACAGCCCGCCAAGACAUCCCAGACAUUAUCAAUGAAAUCCUUACUUUCAAAGUUAAUUAUGGGAGCUUUGCCUUUGUUAGAAAUGCAGCCAGUUUUAAUGGUACUUCAGUAGAAGGGCAGUGCAGAGCCUCUCAUGGAACAAAGGUUGUGGGUUACUCAACAUACCAUGAGCAUCUCCAGCGCCAACGGGUGUCAUUUGAGCAGGUAAAACGGAUAAUGGAGCUGCUGGAGUACAUAGAAGCACUUUAUCCAUCAUUGCAGGCUCUUCAAAAGGACUACGAAAAAUAUGCUGCAAAAGACUUCCAGGACAGGGUGCAGGCACUCUGUUUGUGGUUAAACAUCACAAAAGACUUAAAUCAGAAACUAAGGAUUAUGGGUACUGUUCUGGGCAUCAAGAAUUUAUCAGACAUUGGCUGGCCAGUGUUUGAAAUCCCUUCCCCGCGAUCAUCCAAAGGCAACGAGCCAGAAGAUGAGGGCGAUGACACAGAAAGAGAACUGAAAGAGUUGGAAAGUAGUCCAGAUGAGAGUGAAGAAGAACACAGCUCUGACCCAGGGGGACCAGAAACCAGGCAGCCUGUUGACAACAGUUUCAACAGCCAGUCACAGGACUGCAUAACUAAGAAGCUCGAGAGGCUUGAAUCUGAGGACGAUUCUCUGGGCUGGGGGGCACCAGACUGCAGCACAGAAGGAGGCUUUGGUAGACAUUGUCUGACUUCUAUUUAUAGACCGUUUGUAGACAAAGCACUGAAGCAGAUGGGGUUGAGAAAGUUAAUUUUGAGACUUCACAAGCUGAUGGAUGGUUCCUUGCAAAGGGCACGUAUAGCACUGGUAAAGAGUGACCGUCCAGUGGAGUUUUCUGAAUUUCCGGAUCCCAUGUGGGGUUCAGAUUAUGUGCAGUUGUCCAGGACGCCCCCUUCCUCAGAGCAGAAAUGCAGCACUGUGUCUUGGGAUGAACUAAAGUCCAUGGAUUUACCCUCCUUCAAACCUGCCUUCUUAGUCCUCUGUCGAGUCCUUCUGAACGUCAUACACGAAUGUCUCAAGUUAAGAUUGGAACAGAGACCUGCUGGAGAACCAUCCCUCUUGAGUAUUAAGCAGCUGGUGAGGGAGUGCAAGGAGGUGCUGAAGGGCGGCCUUCUGAUGAAGCAGUACUACCAGUUCAUGCUGCAUGAGGUCCUGGACGACCUGGAGAAGACCGACUGCAACAUCGACGCCUUCGAGGAGGACCUGCACAAGAUGCUGAUGGUAUAUUUUGAUUACAUGAGAAGCUGGAUCCAAAUGCUACAGCAAUUACCUCAAGCAUCCCAUAGUUUAAAAAAUCUCUUAGAAGAAGAGUGGAAUUUCACCAAAGAAAUAACGCAUUACAUCCGGGGAGGAGAAGCGCAGGCUGGAAAGCUUUUCUGUGACAUCGCAGGAAUGCUGCUGAAAUCUACAGGAAGUUUUCUAGAGUUUGGCUUACAGGAGAGCUGUGCAGAGUUUUGGACCAGUGCUGACGAUGGCAGUGCUUCAGAUGAAAUAAGGAGGUCUGUCAUAGAGAUCAGCCGGGCCCUGAAGGAGCUGUUUCACGAGGCUAGAGAAAGAGCCUCCAAAGCGCUCGGAUUUGCUAAAAUGCUGAGGAAGGACCUGGAAAUAGCUGCAGAGUUCAUAUUUUCAGCCCCAGUUAGAGACCUUCUGGAAGUCCUGAAAUCAAAACAGUAUGUGAAGCUUCUAACCAAACACAGUGAUCUCGCUCGGGAUUCAGACGACAGUUGGGCCACGUGGGAGGCACAGCCUGUCAAAAUUGUGCCUCAGGUGGAGACUGUGGACACCUUGAGAAGCAUGCAGGUGGAUAAUCUUUUGCUAGUUGUCAUGGAGUCUGCACAUCUCAUAAUUCAGAGAAAAGCUUUCCAGCAGUCCAUUGAAGGUCUCAUGACCCUACGCCAGGAGCAGACGUCCAGUCAGCCGGUCAUCGCCAAAGCUUUGCAGCAGCUGAAGAAUGAUGCCUUAGAGCUUUGCAACAGAAUCAGCGAUGCCAUUGACCGAGUGGACCACAUGUUCACUUCAGAAUUCGAUGCUGAGGUUGACGAGUCCGAGUCCGCCACGCUGCAGCAGUACUACCGGGAAGCCAUGAUUCAGGGCUACAAUUUUGGGUUCGAGUAUCACAAAGAAGUGGUUCGCUUGAUGUCUGGCGAGUUUAGACAGAAGAUAGGAGACAAGUAUAUAAGCUUUGCCCGGAAGUGGAUGAAUUACGUCCUAACCAAGUGUGAGAGCGGGAGAGGCACAAGACCCAGGUGGGCAACUCAAGGUUUCGACUUCCUGCAAGCUAUUGAACCUGCUUUUAUUUCAGCUCUACCAGAAGAUGACUUUCUGAGUUUGCAAGCCUUGAUGAAUGAAUGCAUCAGCCACGUGAUAGGAAAGCCACACAGCCCUAUUACAGCCAUUCAUCGGAACAGCCCCCGUCCUGUGAAGGUGCCUCGAUGCCACAGCGACCCUCCUAACCCCCAUCUAAUUAUCCCCACGCCAGAGGGAUUCAGCACCCGGAGCGUGCCUUCGGACGCGCGGAGCCACGGCAGCCCCGCCGCCGGGCGUCCCGGCCCCUCAGGCAGCGACUCUGCGCCACCCAAACCCAUCAGCAGUGCCCAUGAUGCCAGGGGUUCCAGUGUCCCUGAAAACGAUCGCUUGGCUUCCAUAGCAGCUGAGUUGCAGUUCAGGUCCUUGAGUCGUCACUCAAGCCCCACCGAGGAGCGAGACGAACCAGCAUAUCCAAAAGGUGAUUCAAGUGGGUCAACUCGAAGAAGUUGGGAGCUUCGGACACUUAUCAGUCAGACUAAGGAUACUGCUUCUAAGCAAGGACCCAUAGAAGCCAUCCAGAAGUCAGUCCGAUUGUUCGAAGAGAAGAGAUACCAAGAAAUGAGGAGAAAGAAUAUCAUUGGUCAAGUUUGUGACACCCCUAAAUCCUACGAUAAUGUCAUGCACGUUGGCUUGAGGAAGGUGACCUUUAAGUGGCAAAGAGGAAAUAAAAUUGGGGAAGGGCAGUACGGGAAGGUCUACACCUGCAUCAGCGUCGACACCGGGGAGCUGAUGGCCAUGAAGGAGAUUCGAUUUCAGCCCAAUGACCAUAAAACUAUCAAGGAAACUGCAGACGAACUGAAAAUAUUUGAAGGCAUCAAACACCCCAAUCUGGUUCGGUAUUUUGGUGUGGAGCUGCAUAGAGAAGAAAUGUACAUCUUCAUGGAGUACUGUGACGAGGGGACCCUGGAAGAGGUGUCGCGGCUGGGGCUGCAGGAGCACGUCAUCAGGCUGUACUCUAAGCAGAUCGCCAUCGCCAUCAAUGUCCUCCAUGAGCACGGCAUCGUUCACCGGGACAUUAAAGGUGCCAACAUCUUCCUUACCUCAUCUGGACUGAUCAAACUCGGAGAUUUUGGAUGCUCAGUAAAGCUUAAAAACAACGCGCAGACCAUGCCUGGUGAAGUGAACAGCACUCUGGGGACAGCAGCAUACAUGGCCCCAGAAGUCAUCACUCGCGCCAAAGGAGAAGGCCACGGGCGCGCAGCCGACAUCUGGAGCCUGGGGUGUGUCGUCAUAGAGAUGGUGACUGGCAAGAGACCUUGGCAUGAAUAUGAACACAACUUUCAGAUCAUGUACAAAGUGGGGAUGGGGCAUAAGCCUCCAAUCCCUGAGAGAUUAAGCCCGGAAGGAAAGGACUUCCUGUCUCACUGCCUGGAAAGCGAGCCGCGGAGGCGGUGGACGGCCAGCCAGCUCCUGGACCACUCCUUCGUCAAGGUUUGCACAGAUGAAGAAUGAAGCUCAUCAGUCUGUGGCCUAGUGGUGUGUGUACUCGGAAAAUUCUCUAAUCACUACUGUAUGUAAUAUUUACAUGAAGACUGUGCUGGGAAGAGGUAUAAGACUUUUUAACCUUCCAAGACUGAAGACUGCACAGGUGACGAGCGUCACUCCUCCUGCUGCUCCUGUUUGUUCGUUGUGGCACGGACCCUCCUGAGCGACGGUGUCCACGAGGUAGAGAAGCUGCGUGUUAAGUGCCAUUACUACUGUACACGGACCGUCGCCUCUGUCACCUCCGUGUCUCGGGGGACUGAGAAUCGUGACAUCAGAGUAGUAUUUUUGACCUUUCUAGGUUCAAAAGCAGUUGUAGUGUUAUCAGGCGUCCUGGGCCUUGUUAAUCCCCUGUUUGUCGAGUGCACUGACUGUGAAACCUGACCUUUUGUUGUUGUUGGCAAGCCGCGGGUUUGUUAUGCAAAAGGCUGAUUAAUGAAAUUUAAGAAAAAGGUUCUUUUUUCAAUAAAUGGUUUAUUUUAGGAAAGCUCAGUUAUAUUGUCUUUUAAUGGUUAUCAGCUUCAGAUCCAGCACAUCAUCUGAUACUCCUGUGUCCUCAGCAGAAGGGGUGAGUCCCGUGUCUGAAGAUGGGCACUGGGCUAGGAGUGCCUUCAGGGUCGAGAAUCUCCUCACUGAAAAGUGGAAGUCAGAAGUGAAACAACACUAAGGCCCCUUGAAAGUUGUGCGUAUUAACCACAAGCUAAUAACAGGUAGAAGGUUAAGCCUUGUUAGCACAUGUUGGGGCUCCAUUUAUUUUUAAACCGAGAUGUGUAGGUGCCCGGUCAGUGUAAAUACUGCUGAAUAAUCUCUUGACAGGAAAGCAUCUUUUUCAGAAUGUCGAUGUUUCAGCAGUGAGUUUUCUAAAGUAGCCCAAAUUACGUCAUUGAUGGUGUCCUUUUAUUAUUAUUAUUAUUUUGCUAUUAAAUUUUUUAAAAGA